UUAAUCCGGUGAGCUUCGACUGGUUUCUUCUUACCUCGGCGCUGUAAUUGCUUCGAAAAUUCUCCUCCUUACGACCGCGGGAAACUUACUCCGGUUAUGUCGGACUCGGAACCGAAAUGGAAUCGUGCCGGGUAAUAAAUCCUUCGCUCUUUAAGGGUUUGCGAUUUUCGCGGAGGAGCAAGCUGGCGAACGCCUGCGCGAAAUCCAGGAUUCUCGGUCACCUCCUCGGAUAUGAAUGAAAGCUCGAAGCUUUCAGUACCGCGCGAAACGGCCAGCCGUACGUUACCCAUUUCCGUUUUACACUUUUUCGCUUGCGAAAUUCUGAAAUGGUUUUUGCAUAAUGCUGUUUUUUCAAAUCGUUUGUAAUGAAAGAAAUUUUUCAUAAAAGAAAGAAUUACAUCGGGAAUGAAAGGCGACCUAAUUGAUUCGCGAUAGACGAAAAUUAAUCAGAAGAAUGUUCACCGGCUUAAUUUAUCUGGUGCGAAGAAAUCUGAUAAAAUGAUAAGUGAUGUUUGACUUCUUUGUGAUUGCUUUUGAAUCUUAAAUAUACUACAAAAGUAAUUGUACUUCGGGGACAAAUCAGGUUUCCUUAGGGAAGAUGGAUUUUUGAAAAUCUUAAUUUUGAUUAUUUAAAUAUUAAAAAUAAUUUAGGAAGAAAAUAAUAUAAUUCUUAUAAAAUUUAGUAUGUAACUGGGAAAUAUGAAUAUUAAAUAAAUAUCAAUUCAAAUUUUCCCAUUUUCCUGCAUUGGAGGGGGAAGCCUUCUUUGUACAUCUUUGGGAAAAGCGACUGUUAUCGCGAGAAACCAUAAAAAAUAUGGUACAAAGAUUAAAAGAGAAACCCAGACUGUAACUCGUCUAUGAACUAUCAGAGCACGCGACACACGGUCAUGUACGAAAUCCCCGGCAACGAAACGGUGGAAGGCAACGAAACUCUCCUAUCCAACGUGUCCCUAAACGAGGAAUACAUCUUCGACAGAACCGACGUGAAAGUGAUUUUUAUUACACUUUACAGUAUCGUGUUUGUCUGCUGCUUCUUCGGUAAUUUGCUUGUGAUCCUGGUGGUUACCUUCUCUCGACGACUACGAAGUAUCACAAACUUCUUUCUGGCAAACUUAGCCGUGGCCGAUUUCUGCGUCGGCAUAUUCUGCGUGUACCAAACCCUGACCAACUACCUGAUGAACAGCUGGCUGCUCGGUGACUUUCUUUGCAAAGUUUACAUGUUCGUCCACGCACUUUCUUACACGGCCAGUAUAUUGAUCCUGGUGGUAGUCUGCGUGGAACGAUAUUUGGCCAUCGUUCACCCGAUCAAAUGCAGAUCCGUGCUCACCAGACGUCGUCUGCAACUGGUGAUCGGAGUAGUUUGGAUGAUCGCGGCGAUCUACGCCUCUCCCAGGUUCUUUUACGUCGAGACCAUGAGAAACCGUUUGAUCACGGGCGACGUAGACAUCAUCUGCUUGGCCAACAUUAAGAAACACAACAAGGCCGUCCUGGACGCGGUAAACCUCGUCUUUCUCUACCUAGUUCCGCUCGCGCUGAUGUGUCAUUUGUACUCGAGAUUGGCGGUAGGUUUAUGGAAAAGUAGCGCCACUCUAAGCGGUGCAGCUAGCAACGCUAGAAAUGGUAAAUCCCAUCGCAUCCAGACUUCCAGCAGAAACGUGCUGCGAGCCAGACGCGGCGUCAUCAGAAUGUUGAUCGCCGUGGUUAUGAUGUUUGCCGUCUGCAAUUUGCCGCAACAAGCACGAAUCGCCUGGGGAUAUUGGGACUCGAACUACGAUCGUACAUCGGACUUUAGCACUCUCCUAACUUUGUCGACUUUCUUGAUUUCCUAUGUGAACUCUUGCCUCAAUCCGCUCCUCUACGCUUUCCUGUCCCGGAAUUUUCAGAAAGGGACCAGAGAACUUUUCAACUGUUACGGGAAAAGGAGAAAACGAAGCGGCGCGGGAAGUAGUGCUUUAGCAAUGGGAUGCACCAGAGGAGAUACAUCGACGCGACAGGAGAAUAGUAUGAACGCGAAUAUUGCACAGGCCUCCCUUAUUCGGACCAGUUCUGGACAAGAUGCUUCUCGGACCUCUCGAACUUUUUUUAGGCAGACAACUUGCGAAAAAAGUAUGUGAUUUAGAAACUUCUUUGUCAAUGGUGUUAGCUAUGUGGGUUCUACCGCUACCCCUUAGAUACUGAGGUCAAGCUAAAUUGACCGCGGACCGGUCAAGGAUGGGUUGCCGCUCUCAAGGUGGGAGAUCGAAAAAAUGUUUCCAAAACAUUUUUAUGCAUCGUGACGGAUUAAAUUUCGAAUUUUGAAAUAUAAUUGGAAGUCUACCCGAUCCGAAAUCUCAAAAAGGAGAAGUUCUGGACCCGUUCCGAUUCCAAAAAAAGGAAAUUGAGAAAUUUCUCACCCCGAUUCGAAAAAGAAAAAAUUGGGAAAUUCCUGGAUCCGACUUGAUCCCAAAAAGAGAAAAUUAGGAAAAUUCUCUUGAGCCGGACCCGAUUUCAAAAAGAGAAAACUGGGAAAUUCCUCGACCCGGACCCGAUCUCGAAAAGGGAGCAAUUCCGGACUAGAAUUCCGAAAACGGAAAAUUCCUCAACCCGAUCCCAAAAAAAAUCCCGACCCGACACCAAAUAAUGAACAAAAAACUUUAUAUAAAGGUCAAAAAGAAAAAUAGAACACAGAAAAGGAGUAGUGUAGUUUAAUAAAAAUUGAUGGCAACGUCCGUUGAGCAAUAUGGGGAAAGAAAUCUUCCCCUAAGCGCCCAUCCAGUGGAAAGCAUGCACUAUUGUGUCCCUGGUAAAAGAAAAAACUAAAACACUAAACCAUCCGUCUAAAGCUUCACGUAAUCGUAAAACGGUCUCCUCUGUUUCCUCUCAGUUCGAAGACUCGCGCGUUAACGUCCAAUCGAUUUUACCGAUCGAGCAUUGUGAAAAUAAACUCGCACGAAGAGCCUUGUAAUCUUGUUUCGUAUCAUUUCCUCGCUGAAAUAGCGAUUGUAACAGGAAACAAGAGUGGUUAUUAUUUCAAGCAACCGAACCGGUAUCGAAUUGGCAAAAUAAAAACUAGAAUUUCACGCAGGUACGAGGUGUAAUUGUUAUACAAAUAGCCAAAGGCUACAUUUUUAAAUGAAAACGAAUGAAAGCUACGAUUGCGAAAAUAAAAGCUGAAGGAUCGAGUAUUUUUCUCGAUGAGUUCGUCGCAUCGUUCCUCUAUGGAAAUGCUUUCAAGAAUCGAUCGAAAAGCUGUUUGCAUCGAAAACGCGACAAUGUUGUCGAAGCAUUAGAAAUUCAAACCCUUUUAUGCAUUCACGAACAAUGAACAAUUGCUCGAAGAAAUGAUAACAUCUCCUGUACUCAGUGUCAGCUGUUCACCUUAACAUCGUGUUCGAUAAUAAACCAUAUUGAUUCAAGUCUUA